AUGACUGCUGAGCUCAUCAUGCCUACCAUGGCCACCGACCGCCACCACUACCAAGCUCCCCCACCCCAUCACGUCCAGCAGCAUCGUCCUGAGCACAUGCGCUCCUUUUCCUAUCAAGUUCCGCCCGUCAACCACCAGAUCUCGCCCCUCAGCUCCUCGGGUGAGAGCCAACAUAACGCCUCGGUCCCCGCCUCACCCAAGGCCUACCAGAACCAGCACCAGGACUCUCGACAUUAUACUCGACCUAUGUAUAUGCCAGCCGUCCUUCGUCCCAACAGCGACUUUAUUCCGCCCCUCUCCGGCGGCGUCGCCGUUGAUACCUCGUCCAACGGUCACGACUCGGACUGCGUGUGCCACGGCGGCCGCCGCCUCUCCAACAGCAGCACCCUCAUGAAUAUGGCUGGCAUAGGCGUCAUCCAGCGUCUCAGCCGUCGCUCCACAGCCGACAGUGCCAAGUGCCCGGAGGGCCACUCUCACAACCACGACAUAUUUCCCACCGUCACUGACGUUCCUACUAGGGAUCACUGGAAGCCUGACCACGAGUCCUCUUUGUGCGAUGACCCGACCUGCAAGCGCACCUUCAGCUACUUUGUCCGCCGCCAUCACUGCCGACGCUGUGGCAACAUCUUCUGCGACCAGCACUCCAGCCUCGGCGUGCCUCUCGACCAGGAUGCCAACUUCAACCCUCGCGCUCCCCUCUACCGCACAUGCGAGCACUGCUUCGACCAGUACAAGUCUUGGUACAGCCGCAACAACAGCCAGUCGCCUAGCUCCGUCUCCUCCGAUGGCCACGGUGGUACUCCGCCCACCCCCGUCAUGGCCCACCCCGGCGCCCAACCCGACUUUGGCCUGGCCAAGAGCCCUGACGUUGCCAACAGCGUUCCUCGCGACUGGAAUUGGAGCACCUUCUAG